CGAUCCCUAUAUAGAUGCACUUGUUGAAUACCAAUGGGUACUCAAUUACUCAUAGCUUGCUCGAGCUAUACUGCUAUAGUAUUGGUCCUUCUAAGCGCCUUAGCAGUAACAAUCCUUCAAUCCAUUUCUACCUUUGAUCAUAAUAACUCGAACACGAGUUCUAUGGAAUCUGAGAAGAAACCAUUGAAGGUUGGGCCGUUUGGUUCAGACAGUGGAGGAGAUCGUUUUGAUGAUGGAGUUCACACAGCGGUGAGGCAAGUGGUGAUAUGUUAUGCUCCAUCAUCGAUUCGCUACAUUCAGAUUGAAUAUGAUGAUAACGGAAAAUCAUAUUGGUCACCAAAACAUGGUUAUAGCAGUUCCCUCAGUCUGGACAAAAUAGAGACGAUUAAGCUUGAUUAUCCAGAUGAAUAUCUGACUUCAAUUCACGGAUAUUACAAGAGCACUUGGUACUUGCCUACCUAUGUGAGCUCGCUCACUUUCACUAGCAAUCGUAAAGUGUAUGGACCGUAUGGAGAUUAUGAAAAUGAGGGAAGAAAAUAUUUCACAAUCCAAGUCUCUGGAAGUAAGAUCGUCGGGUUCCAUGGAAGGUCCGAUGAUUGGUUUGAUCUUCGUGCAUUAGGAGCUUACCUCAAGCCUGUAGUCCACAUACAACAGUACUCGAACAAUACUAAUCCUGCACCGGUUGCUCAUAUUGGUUAUCCUGCUGUCUAUAACUUUGCUCCGCCUGUUCCUCGUCCUCCUCCAUAUUAUGGUAAUAAUUACUAUAAUAAUCCUAACCAGCCACCACAGGCUGCUCCACCUGCUGAUCCGACUCCAUAUCAGUAUGGUAACUAUUACGUUCCUCCUCCCGGUCCUCCUCCGCCAUACAAUUAUGGAUACUAUGACUAUCAGAUGUCACAAGCACCACCACUGCCGCCACCUGCUGCUCUUGGACGUCCUAGUAAACCGAAAAGUUCUCCUAGCAAGCCCAAGGCUGCUAAUGGCCCUAAAAACGUAUCUUACAGGGUUUUGGAUAAUCAAGUCAGUGGAAACACGGGAGACCGUAAUGGACUUUUCAACGUCGGCAACAAGAAUACUGGUCGCCACAUGGAUGAUGACGAUGAAGACGAAGAAUGGUGAAUAAUGACAGACCUAUAUAUGCAGACAUGCAGUGUGUAUUAGUUCGCAAUUUCAGAAGGCGAAGAGUUUAUACGUGUACUAAUAGUCAAUUAUAUAUUAGUUUGUUACUUUGUUAUUAGCA